CAGGCAGAGGAGCUUGAAUCUGGCCUGAUGGAGGCAGGAAGGCCCCAGAGCUGGGCUUUUCUCUUCAUGUCUCACCCCCAGGAAGUGGUGACGCAGGUUAUGGGCUGGGUUUGAGGUUUUGGAAACUUUUUCUAAAAGUCGAUCUGGUCCUCGGCCCUCUCAUUCCCGCGGCGUGACGCCGAGGUGAGGGCUGCCUGGAGCAGAGGGAUGCCAGCCAAGAUGCAGCUCCUCAUCAGAUGGAACGGGAGGAUUUGCCUGGCUGUUUGUUUAAUCCUCUUUGUGGGAUGCACGGCACAAGGUGCUCCGGCGCAGAGGGCGAGGUACAAGCGGGUGAGGUGCCGGUCCGACCCCUGGUCUGCCAACUGCAUCGAGGAGCAGGGGCCCUGGUUCCACAUGCCCUCUGGUGGGGCCAACAGGAUCCUUCCUCCCGGGGCUGACCCCUUCUUGAUGAAGAGGUACCAGGAGCUGGGUGACAUAUUCCCUCUCUCCAGUGAGGAUGCCGGCUCUGGCUCCAACACCGUGGUGGAGGCAGAGCCAGCCUCUGGCUCGGGGCUGGGUGACAGUGACAGCUUCCCUGCCCUCCUGGAGAGCCUGCGGGGCAGCGAGCUGCAGGAGAAGCUGUCGGAGGAGGAUUUGCUCCUGUAGGGCUGGGGAUGCCCCUCAUGCGCUGCUGCUUCGCCUCUUCCCCACAGCCUCACCCGACAGCCACGACGCGGUUUUAAACCAGCAUCAAUAAAAACUCUGCCUUAAGAUCUUUACUGCUUUCGCUUACUAAAA